AUGGGCUACAAUAUUUCUAUCCAGGCUGCAGUGGCACAGCUGCCUUCUGAGGGGCUACAGAAUAACCAUGGAGUCAAAAGCCAGGUGGUGACCUCUUCCGCACGGACUCCGUCUGAAAUAAGCAGCAAUUCCAUAAGCACAGACACAGUGCUCAACAAUGAGUUCAUCAGUAAAUCAUCACUCUUAGAGGAAACAGAGAGGCAAAAAUCUGUUCUUGAGAAGCUGAGGAUGCAGGGAAUAAUCAAGAGUCAAAGUACCACUGCCAGAACUGUAGAAGCAUAUGAGAACAAGAGAAAUGCCCUGGGAAAGACACUGCAAAAACCCCCAGCUAGGCUGGAAAAAAAUCAGUUUGGAAAUGAGGAAGUGGAUGAUUUUACAAUGAAGGACAUGAAGCCUUCUGCUGAAGCAAAGAAACAGGUUAGGGAAGAGGAACUGAGCAAAACGCCACAACACAGCACAUAAUUUUUUCUCCCAGAAACUGCUCACCAAACCACAGGGAAACACACUGAAAAGGACUGCCCAGGUUUUGAAAGUCAAGGAGGUACAGACCCUCAGCCCUCACCUUUAGAUGCUGAGCCAGGGCUGCUGCUGAAGAAAAUAACUGCAGUAGACACCACAAACAAUUAUACUGAGGAGGACACUGUCACUGAGUCUAUAACUUACACCUGCAUCAAUGAAUCAAUCUGGGUCUGUCUUGCAAAUAUGAAGAGCUCCUCUGUUCCCUGCAAAUGUCUUUUUUGA